AUGACUCCAGCCAGUGUUCCUCGUGUAUCGACAACCGACGAUCCGCAAGAAAUCGUCCAAAAGCUACAUCAUGCCGGUGCACUCAUUAUCGAAGGUCUUUUGUCUAAGGAACAGGUGAAGGAGUUAAACCUCGAACUUGACGAACCAUUGCAGGCCAUAACUGCGGGUUCAAAACACAAUGUCAGCGCAGUGCAAGAUUUUCACGGCAGUCAAACAAAGCGCCUCACAAAUGUUACAACCCAUAGCAGGGUCUUCCGUCACCAAGUACUUGAAAAUGAAUUGGUUCACGCAGUGGCUGAGAGGGUCUUUCACCAAGACUCCGGGACGUACUGGAUGGGUGCCGCUCAGGUGAUCCAAAUUGGACCCGGAAACAAAGCUCAAGUGCUUCAUCGAGACCAAGGCCAAUAUCCGGUAUUCAACCUCUUAGGCUCGAAGGCUCCAGAGGCGACUAUCAAUUUUCUUGUUGCUCUGACGGAUUUCACGGAAGAAAACGGUGCGACCAGAGUUAUUCCCGGUUCCAAUCUAUGGGAGAACUAUUCUGAUCUGGGAUCGCACGGCCAAACUAUCCCUGCUACUAUGAAAGCCGGCGACGCUGUUCUGAUGAGCGGUAAGACUGUUCAUGGUGGCGGAGAGAACAAAACUACGGAAGAGCUUCGUCGUGGCUUAGCCUUUACGCUACAGUGUAGCUAUUUGACACCAGAAGAAGCAAAUCCGUUCAUCAUCAGCCUGGAGACCAUCAAAGAAUUAACUCCAAGAGCACAACGCAUUUUGGGCUUCCGUUCACAAUUCCCGAAGUCAUCCCCCGGUCUUUGGCAAUCCGACUAUAGUGAGCUUAGCGACGUUAUUGGUCUCUCGGGAGAAGACCAUGCCCUUGAUCGCCUAAUGAAAGGAAUCAACUAG